GCAAACACAGAAAUUAAUCCAAAUUCCAAAGUCAAAACCUGUUCCUCCUCACUUAACUCCCUGUAAAUUCCCACAACUACAAGUUCAACUUCUACUUUCUUGAAAACUCAGACAACUAAUUUCUGAAUUCAAUUAUUGGAAUUUAAAUAUGAGUGAAGACGGCAAGGACAGUCAUCACCAUCACCACCACUUCCUACCCCACCACCAUGAAGGAGACCAACCACCGCCUCCUCCCGCCGCAUAUGGAACUUUUCAACCUCAACUGGUGAUCGGUUUUCCUCAGCCAGUCCCUCCGCCUGGCGCCACCGCAUCAUCACCUGAAUAUUAUGCUCAUGGUUAUCAGGCCGUUCCAGGUUAUACUGUUCCUGAUCCUGAGGGAAGACCUGAAAGAGAGCAUCGCCUUCCUUGCUGUGGUAUUGGUCUUGGCUGGUUCCUGUUCAUAAUUGGUUUCUUUCUCGCUGGAAUCCCUUGGUAUCUUGGUGCUUUUGUCCUGCUUUGUGCACAAAUUGAUCCUAGAGAGAAACCAGGAUAUAUUACAUGCACCAUUGCGGCUGUUCUUGCUACUUUUGUCCUCAUAUUUGGUCUGUCGAAGACUUGACUCACGAGAUGUGACCAAUCGGUAUGCUAUCUGGCUUGAUUAACGUGUAUCUUUUUCGAAUAUCCUGUAAAAAUUGCACAUCUUUGAUUUCCUUCUUGUAUAUUAAUGAAGAUUCCAACACUGUCAUGUACACGUGCUUGUGAAGAGUGAUUGUGAUUUUAGUCGUGGAAAGAGUAUGCACUUGUAAUUACUGGUAAUCAAUUGAAUUUUAUUAUAUAUUGCACCA